UAUCUGCUGGAGAAGUUGUUUUCACCAGAUCGCCUCUUUUAUCGAACUUAUGAACAUAACAAAUGAAGGCCACUCUGGCAAUGCCAGUGUACUACGUGCGCCUAGUGACGAUGAUAACGAGUCGGUGGGUUUUUUGGCCUCCAAUUCCGGGCACAGACGCCUUCCGAAGCAUCUCCACAACAAGAACACCUCACAAACAAUCGUAUACAUACUAGGUUGGUAUAUUUUUUCCUUAUCGAUUUCCAUAUACAAUAAGUGGAUGUUUGGACCUGGAUUGAACUUCCGCUUCCCCAUAAUUAUCACGUCCUUCCAUCAGUUUUGUUUGUUCCUUUUGAGUUGUUUGGUGCUAUAUGUCAAUCCUCUGUUACGACCAAAGUUGCAAUCGUCUGAAACCCUAUCCCACUCGCCAUUUUCGAGACUUUUCCUGAUUCCGGCACUUUUGUACUUGAAGCAAAUUGUACCGUGCUCUUUGGCAUCGGCUGGGGAUAUUGGGAUCUCGAAUCUUUCUAUUAUGUUUGUGUCGCUCAGCUUGUACACGAUGUUAAAGACACUGUCGUUGAUGUUUGUGCUUUUAUUUGGGCUUCUUUUCCGCCUUGAAAAGUUCCACUGGCGGCUCUUGGCCAUUGUCUCGGUUAUGACAUGUUCUGUGGUAUUAAUGGUUAAACGGCCAAACAACGUAGGCCAAAAUGAUGAGGAAAAUAGCCCUACAGGUAUUAUACUAGUGCUUUUGGCGUCAAUAAUGUCGGGAUUACGGUGGUCGUUCACUCAGCUCUUACUCCGCAACAACCCACACACGCCCAAUUCCAUCGUGACUAUCUUUUACUUGUCGCCGUCGAUGUGCUUGGUGUUACUCGUCAUUGGACUUGUGGUCGAAGGCUGGAGCAACUUUUUGGCAUCCGAGAUCUGGGAACUUAAAGGAGUUCUAACCACCAUUGGCCUAUUGGUGGUACCUGGAAUUCUUGCCUUCAUGAUGACUCUAUGUGAGUUCAAGCUCUUACAGGUGUCACAGGUCAUCACCUUAUCGGUGGCAGGGAUUUUCAAGGAACUAAUGACGAUUUGCUUGAGCUCGAUAAUUUUUGGCGACCGUUUGAGCGUGGUGAACGUGGUGGGGCUUGUGAUCACGUUCUUAGACAUUCUCUGGUACAAUUGGUUCCGGUACAGUCAGAACAAGUAUGCUCCACUCAAAGAAAUCGAGAUGCGAAAGCUAUAGAUGAAAAAUAUAGACUAUUUAUUUGCAUAUAGUACAAAGAUAAGGAUGCCAUGUCUACACCGCUAGAAGCACAGCCGGGAACACUACCAAUACUAUCAACUGCCAGAGCGAAUGGUGGUUAGAACCAGACCCGUUCUUGCUAUGACUAUCCUCCAGCGCCGCCGUCGCCGACGACGAGUCCAGCGUCAGCUCCUGGGCGUUCUGUGUCACCACAACCUCGCCCGAUGAAAUCAAGACUCCCGAUAAUCGCGCGGGAAUCGUUAACGAUUCGGCCUGGCUGCCUCCAGCCUCGUAGCUCAAAGUCAUGGAGUUUUCGCGCGAUGCGGUGGUUGCAAAAGGAAUGGUGCCGGGAGAAAUCUCACUAAUCAGCUCCACGGACUCUUUUGAAAAAUUGAACCCAUUGUCUGGCUCGUACGGGCUCAAUGUGUUGUCGUCGUCCGGGAAGUAGUCUGAGUACUUCACCUGAACCCCUUUGUUGGCACGGGCCAAGCCGAUGGUGCCUCCCUCAUGGUCCACCGCCAUAAACACCGACUUCAUUGCCGAAAGUCCCAACGUCGCGUACGAUCCCGUCAUCGGGAGUACGCUGAGGAAACAAGCAUCGGCCCCAUUGGAGAACGUCAACUGUUUUUCGUAGAUGACGGCAUUGAUCAAAAUGUCGUCAAUCGGCACUUGAAUCAAAAGCUCGUGCAUCUGGAAGUUGAGAGUGGCAUGGGUCUCACGAAUGGUAUCACACUGAACGAUCCAUCGAGCCACCUCGUCGUUGUAGAAGGCAUUAGUUUGGAUCGCCAAGUUGACAAUCACCAGGAGGGGGAUCGAGUUGUAGAUUGUUCUCAGGUCAAACACCGCUGCCAAUACCGUCAGUUUUGACUGCAAGCUCUGCGACUCACCCCCCAGGCUCUCGAUUAAGAUAUCCGUGAGCUCAAAGCUCGGAAGCACCAUCAGCUGCACCCGACGGUUACCGUACGCCGCUAGGGCCAGGUCGUCGUCGAACCGUGUGCCCUCGAUGUCCAACACGUUGAACUGGUACAAAUCUCCCGUGUAGUAUUUGGAGUUGACGGCUCCUGGGAAAACCAUCGCGAAAGAAACAUUCGAGUUGGCGAAGUUAUUGAAAUACAACGAGUAGCUCAGGUGUGAGAUGACACCGCUGUCGACCAACCCGGCCAUGAUACCGGUAUCGGUGUUGUUAUUGUGUGCGAGGCCAAAGCCGCCUACAUAGACGUUUGACGUGUCGGCAUCGAUGAACUGGAAGUCUUUAAGUUCUACCAACUGCUGGUUGGAGCUGGCCACACUGAAAUUACCGGUAAGAACCUCACCCGUAGCGUUGAUCAGGUCUAUGUAUGCCACCGCCACUUCCUCCGCUGGCUGGUACCCGCCGUAGUCGGGCUCUGCCACCGUGGCGUUGGUGCUCGUGGUGAACAACCCAGCAUCUCCGCAGUAUAAAGCAG